AUGACCCCGAGGGUCAAAGAAACACACAGACGUCCACGAUACCGACUGAACAAGGGAAAUACCGCUCUUCACCUUGCUGCCAUCAGAGGCAAUCACUCAAUCGUCCGCUCCUUGCUCGCCCUCGGAACUAGCAUUGAGCUCAAAAGCCGUGGGGGAAAUACGGCACUGGUCCUGGCGGUAAAACAUCGACAUCAGCGAAUUGCGCACAUAUUGUUGGAGGAAGGUGCUAAGCCAGACGCCAGGGACUCAGCGGGAUAUACAUGCAUGCACCGCGCCAUUAAAACCGGGCUAGGCAUAUCCAUGGUGUCUCUACUACUCCAGCACGGGGCCGAUAUUCUCGCCCAGGGCCCUGAGGGCCAGACUCCCCUCCACAUAGCUACGGGCCAGAGAGAUGUGGUAACACUACUACUACAGCAUGGCGCUGACAUCUUUGCCAAAGAUGACGGACACCGAACCCCUUUUGAUAAUGCAUUGCAGCAGAACGACUAUGAAAUGUUUGAGGAGUUAGUCAAGAAAGCAAAAGAGCUUUCUCGCAACACAUCGGACCCUAUAUAUCAGAUAUGUGGAGUCGACCUGUUCCGGAAUCUACAGCGCAACAUUCAAUCCGGCAACAAUGCCCGAUUGCCGGAAGUUGUUGACGAGCAUUAUAGGCCAUGGAGAAGGCUCCAUGUGAUUCCUACCCUACAUGCCGUCAUUCUUGCGGGUAAUGCCGAGCUGGCCAGGGCAAUAAUACGCGAAUCGUGGGUCGACGUCAAUGUGACAAACAUAAAUGAACAAACGGCGCUGCAUCUUGCUGCUGCUGAAGGCCAGCAUAGCUGUCUACUCGUGCUUCUAGAUCAUGGAGCAAAUAUUAACGCGCAAGACAUGUUCGAUGAGACCCCUUUGUAUCUAGCGGCCGUUUAUGGAGCGCGUAGGUGCUUUCGUACUCUUCUAGAGUAUAAGGCGGAUGUGAGUGUCCUUCGUUCAUCAAGUGAAACACCAUGGUCUUUACCCGAAAGGAAAAUCAGUAAAGACUUCCUACGUCUUGCUGGGGUGGAUGUUUAG